AUGGGUCAGGAUACGAGAAAAUCAUUUAGCGAUGAAUAUGAAGUGACUGAUGUUCUGGGCAGGGGAGGAUUUUCAGUUGUACGAAAAGGGGUUAAAAAAUGCAGUGAAGGAAAUACAAGUGUUGCGAUUAAAACUUUGAGAAGAUUUAGCCCAUUUAUGCCUUCUCCCGGAUCCAGAAAUUCGAAAAAUUCAAACCAGGCUUUGAUUUCUGAUGCUCUGUUGACAAAUGAACUUUUGGUGAUGAGAAAAAUUGUUGAAGAUGUUUCUCCACAUCCGAAUGUAAUUCAUCUUCAUGAUGUUUGUGAAGACAGUGGGGGGGUUCAUUUGAUUCUGGAGCUUUGUUCUGGGGGUGAACUAUUUGACAGGAUUGUGGCUCAGGCAAGGUAUAAUGAAGCUGGUGCGGCGGCAGUGGUUAGGCAAAUCGCAAAGGGGCUGGCGGCUCUUCACCGGGCGAAUAUUGUUCAUCGAGAUUUAAAGCCUGAGAAUUGUUUGUUUUUGAACAAAGAUGAGAAUUCUCCACUGAAAAUCAUGGAUUUUGGAUUGAGUUCUGUGGAGGAUUUUACUGAUCCGGUAGUGGGAUUGUUUGGUUCGAUUGAUUAUGUUUCACCUGAGGCGCUUUCUCGCGCCAAAAUCACUCACAAAACUGAUAUCUGGUCACUUGGUGUAAUUCUAUAUAUUCUCCUCUCCGGAUAUCCACCUUUCAUUGCACAGUCGACCCAGCAAAAGCAGCAAAUGAUACUAAACGGACAAUUCAGCUUUUAUGAGAAAACAUGGAAAAACAUUUCAUCCUCUGUACGACAUCUUAUUAGUAGUCUUCUAAAAGUCGAUCCAGACAUGCGACCGAGCGCUGAAGAGAUUCUUCAGCAUCCAUGGGUGACCGGGGAUUUAGCAAAGCAAGAUCAGAUGGACGCUGAGAUAGUUUCAAGAUUGCAGAGUUUUAACGCGAGGCGUAAGUUUCGUGCUGCUGCAAUGGCCAGUGUGUUGAGCAGCAGCUUUUCUUUGAGAACAAAAAAACUAAAGAAUUUGGUAGGAUCCUAUGAUCUUAAGCCAGAGGAACUUGAGAAUCUCAGCGUAAAUUUCAAGAAAAUAUGUAAAAAUGGUGAUAAUGCCACAUUAUCUGAAUUCGAAGAGGUGCUCAAAGCAAUGGAAAUGUCAUCACUAGUUCCUCUAGCCCCACGUAUCUUCGACCUGUUUGACAAUAACCGGGACGGCACUGUUGACAUGAGGGAAAUUAUUGGGGGCUUUUCGAGUCUCAAAUACUCACAGGGAGAUGAUGCGCUCCGUCUAUGCUUCCAGAUGUAUGAUACUGACCGGUCUGGAUGCAUCAGCAAGGAAGAAGUAGCAUCUAUGCUAAGGGCAUUGCCUGAUGAUUACCUUCCAGUGGACAUCACAGAACCCGGAAAAUUAGACGAAAUAUUUGACCUAAUGGAUGCCAACAGCGAUGGAAAAGUUACCUUUGAAGAGUUUAAGGCUGCAAUGAAAAGGGAUAGCUCCCUUCAAGAUGUAGUACUCUCCUCUCUUCGCCCAAAUUAG